CAGAGGUUUCUGGUGCCUAUGUAUAUGUGUGCGUGUGUGUGUGCGUGUGCGUGUGUUUGUGUGUUCUGUCCCUGUGAGACUGCAGCCCUGGUGAAUACUUGGUCACCUUUAGUAAGACGGAAUCUCAACCAUUGCAACUGAAGGAACCUUACCCACCUCAUCAUCUCGUACAUGGGAGAUGGUGCUUCUCACUGCAGAUGGAUAAUUUUCCUUUUAAUCAGGAGUUUCACAUGAAGAGUAAAUAGUAAUUAAAAUGUGCAGGAUGACAAGAUGGAGCAAACAGUGCUUGUACCACCAGGACCUGACAGCUUCCGCUUCUUCACCAGAGAAUCUCUUGCGGCUAUCGAAAGACGCAUUGCAGAAGAGAAGGCUAAGAAUCCCAAACCAGACAAAAAAGAUGAUGAUGAAAAUGGCCCAAAGCCAAAUAGUGACUUGGAAGCUGGAAAAAACCUUCCAUUUAUCUACGGAGACAUUCCUCCAGAGAUGGUGUCAGAGCCCCUGGAGGACAUGGACCCCUACUACAUUAAUAAAAAAACUUUUAUAGUAUUGAAUAAAGGGAAGGCCAUCUUCCGGUUCAGUGCCACUUCUGCCCUGUACGUUUUAACUCCCUUCAAUCCUCUUAGAAAAAUAGCUAUUAAGAUUUUGGUACAUUCAUUAUUCAGCAUGCUAAUUAUGUGCACCAUUUUGACAAACUGUGUGUUUAUGACAAUGAGUAACCCUCCAGAUUGGACAAAGAAUGUAGAGUAUACCUUCACAGGAAUAUAUACUUUUGAGUCACUUAUAAAAAUUAUUGCAAGGGGCUUCUGUUUAGAAGAUUUUACUUUCCUUCGUGAUCCAUGGAACUGGCUUGAUUUCACUGUCAUUACAUUCGCAUAUGUGACAGAGUUUGUGGACCUGGGAAAUGUCUCUGCAUUGAGAACAUUCAGAGUUCUCCGAGCACUGAAAACCAUUUCAGUCAUUCCAGGCCUGAAGACCAUCGUCGGGGCCCUGAUCCAGUCUGUGAAGAAGCUCUCUGACGUCAUGAUCUUGACCGUGUUCUGUCUGAGUGUGUUUGCUCUCAUCGGGCUGCAGCUCUUCAUGGGCAACCUGAGGAAUAAAUGUGUGCAGUGGCCUCCCACCAAUGCCUCCUUGGAGGAACAUAGUACAGAGAGGAAUGUAACUUAUGUGGAUACCAAUGGCACAGUUAUAAAUCGAACUGAGUUUGAAUUUGACUGGAAAUCAUAUAUUCAAGAUCCAAGGUAUCAUUAUUUCCUGGAGGGUUUUUUAGAUGCACUGCUAUGUGGAAAUAGCUCUGAUGCAGGCCAGUGUCCAGAAGGAUAUAUGUGUGUAAAAGCUGGUAGAAACCCUAACUAUGGUUAUACAAGCUUUGAUACCUUCAGUUGGGCAUUUUUGUCCCUGUUUCGGCUGAUGACUCAGGACUUCUGGGAAAAUCUUUACCAACUGACAUUACGUGCUGCUGGGAAGACAUACAUGAUCUUUUUUGUUCUGGUCAUCUUCUUGGGCUCAUUCUACCUUAUAAAUUUGAUCCUGGCUGUGGUGGCCAUGGCCUAUGAGGAGCAGAAUCAGGCCACGCUGGAAGAGGCUGAGCAAAAAGAAGCUGAAUUUCAGCAGAUGCUUGAGCAGCUUAAAAAGCAGCAAGAAGCGGCUCAGCAGGCAUCAGCGGCAACUGCCUCAGAACAUUCCAGAGAGCCCAGUGCAGCAGGCAGGCUCUCUGACAGCUCAUCUGAAGCCUCCAAGCUGAGUUCCAAGAGUGCUAAGGAAAGACGAAAUCGCAGAAAGAAAAGAAAACAGAAAGAACAAUCUGGUGGGGAAGAGAAGGAUGAGGAUGAGUUUCAUAAAUCUGAAUCCGAGGACAGCAUCAGGAGGAAAGGGUUUCGCUUCUCCAUCGAGGGGAACCGGCUGACAUACGAAAAGCGGUACUCCUCCCCACACCAGUCUUUGCUGAGCAUCCGUGGCUCCCUGUUUUCUCCAAGGCGAAAUAGCAGAACAAGCCUUUUCAGCUUCCGAGGGCGAGCAAAGGAUGUAGGAUCUGAGAAUGACUUUGCUGAUGACGAACACAGCACCUUUGAGGAUAACGAGAGUCGGAGAGAUUCCCUGUUCGUGCCCCGAAGGCAUGGAGAGCGUCGCAACAGUAACCUAAGUCAAACCAGCAGGUCAUCCCGGAUGUUGGCAGUGUUUCCAGCCAAUGGGAAGAUGCACAGCACGGUGGAUUGCAAUGGUGUGGUUUCCUUGGUUGGUGGACCUUCCGUUCCUACAUCGCCUGUUGGACAGCUUCUGCCAGAGGGAACAACCACAGAAACAGAAAUGAGGAAGAGAAGGUCAAGUUCUUUCCAUGUUUCAAUGGACUUUCUAGAAGACCCAUCCCAAAGGCAAAGAGCAAUGAGUAUAGCAAGCAUCCUGACAAACACAGUAGAAGAACUUGAAGAAUCCAGGCAGAAAUGCCCACCCUGUUGGUAUAAAUUUUCCAACAUAUUCUUAAUUUGGGACUGUUCUCCAUACUGGUUAAAAGUAAAACAUAUCGUCAACCUGGUUGUGAUGGACCCAUUUGUGGACCUGGCCAUAACCAUCUGCAUUGUCUUAAACACGCUGUUCAUGGCCAUGGAGCACUACCCCAUGACGGAGCAUUUCAACCAUGUGCUUACAGUAGGAAACUUGGUUUUCACUGGGAUCUUUACAGCAGAAAUGUUUCUGAAAAUCAUUGCCAUGGAUCCUUACUAUUAUUUCCAAGAAGGAUGGAAUAUCUUUGAUGGUUUCAUUGUGACACUUAGCCUGGUAGAACUUGGCCUCGCCAAUGUGGAAGGAUUAUCAGUUCUCCGUUCAUUCCGAUUGCUCCGAGUCUUCAAGUUGGCCAAGUCCUGGCCCACACUAAACAUGCUGAUUAAGAUCAUCGGCAACUCCGUGGGCGCCCUGGGCAACCUCACCCUGGUGCUGGCCAUCAUCGUCUUCAUCUUUGCCGUGGUCGGCAUGCAGCUGUUUGGUAAGAGCUACAAAGAUUGUGUUUGCAAAAUCGCCAGUGACUGCAAACUCCCGCGCUGGCACAUGAACGACUUCUUCCACUCCUUCCUCAUCGUGUUCCGCGUGCUGUGUGGGGAGUGGAUCGAGACCAUGUGGGACUGCAUGGAGGUUGCUGGCCAGGCCAUGUGCCUUACUGUCUUCAUGAUGGUCAUGGUGAUUGGAAACCUCGUGGUCCUGAACCUCUUUCUGGCCUUGCUCCUGAGCUCCUUCAGUGCAGACAAUCUUGCAGCCACGGAUGAUGACAACGAAAUGAACAAUCUUCAGAUUGCUGUGGAGAGGAUGCACAAGGGAGUAGCUUAUGUAAAAAGAAGAAUAUACGAGUUCAUUCAACAGUCAUUCGUUAGGAAGCAAAAGAUUUUAGAUGAAAUUAAGCCACUUGAUGAUCUGAAUAACAGAAAAGAAAACUGUAUGUCCAACCACACAGCAGAAAUUGGGAAAGAUUUGGACUAUCUUAGAGAUGUGAAUGGAACCACAAGUGGUAUUGGUACUGGCAGCAGUGUUGAAAAAUAUAUCAUUGAUGAAAGUGAUUACAUGUCAUUCAUAAACAACCCCAGUCUUACUGUAACUGUGCCAAUUGCCGUGGGGGAGUCAGACUUUGAAAAUUUAAACACAGAGGAUUUUAGCAGUGAAUCAGAUCUAGAAGAAAGCAAAGAGAAACUUAAUGAGAGCAGUAGCUCCUCAGAAGGCAGCACUGUGGACAUCGGGGCACCAGCAGAAGAGCAGCCUGUGGCAGAACCCGAAGAAACCCUUGAACCUGAAGCCUGUUUUACUGAAGGCUGUGUGCAAAGAUUCAAGUGCUGCCAGAUCAGCGUGGAAGAAGGAAGAGGAAAGCAGUGGUGGAACCUGAGGAGAACGUGUUUCCGCAUAGUUGAGCAUAACUGGUUUGAGACCUUCAUUGUCUUCAUGAUUCUCCUUAGUAGUGGUGCUCUGGCUUUUGAAGACAUAUAUAUUGAUCAGCGAAAGACAAUUAAAACUAUGCUGGAAUAUGCUGACAAGGUUUUUACUUACAUUUUCAUUCUGGAAAUGCUUCUGAAAUGGGUGGCAUAUGGCUAUCAGACAUACUUCACCAAUGCCUGGUGCUGGCUGGACUUCUUAAUUGUUGAUGUUUCUUUGGUCAGUUUAACAGCAAAUGCUUUGGGUUACUCAGAACUUGGGGCCAUCAAGUCCUUGAGGACACUAAGAGCUCUGAGGCCUCUGAGAGCCUUGUCACGAUUUGAAGGGAUGAGGGUGGUGGUGAAUGCCCUUUUAGGAGCAAUUCCUUCAAUCAUGAACGUGCUUCUUGUGUGUCUUAUAUUCUGGCUAAUUUUCAGCAUCAUGGGUGUAAAUUUGUUUGCUGGAAAGUUCUACCAUUGUAUUAACACCACAACUGGUGACAUGUUUGAUAUCAGUGAGGUGAACAACCAUUCAGACUGCCUAAAGCUCAUAGAGAGAAAUGAGACAGCCCGGUGGAAGAACGUGAAAGUCAAUUUUGACAAUGUGGGGUUUGGGUACCUCUCUCUGCUGCAAGUUGCUACAUUUAAGGGCUGGAUGGAUAUAAUGUAUGCAGCUGUGGAUUCCAGGAAUGUGGAACUCCAGCCUAACUAUGAAGAAAGUCUGUACAUGUAUCUUUACUUUGUCAUCUUCAUAAUCUUUGGGUCCUUCUUCACCUUGAACCUAUUUAUUGGUGUCAUCAUAGAUAAUUUCAACCAGCAGAAAAAGAAGUUUGGAGGUCAAGACAUCUUUAUGACAGAAGAGCAGAAGAAAUACUAUAAUGCCAUGAAAAAGUUAGGAUCGAAAAAGCCACAAAAGCCUAUACCUCGACCAGGAAACAAAUUUCAAGGAAUGGUCUUUGACUUCGUAACGAGACAAGUUUUUGACAUAAGUAUUAUGAUUCUCAUCUGUCUUAACAUGGUUACAAUGAUGGUGGAAACAGAUGACCAGAGUGACUAUGUGACUAGCGUUUUGUCACGCAUCAAUUUGGUGUUCAUCGUGUUGUUCACGGGAGAGUGUGUGCUGAAGCUUAUCUCCCUCCGCCAUUAUUAUUUUACCAUUGGAUGGAAUAUUUUUGAUUUUGUGGUUGUCAUUCUCUCCAUUGUAGGAAUGUUUCUUGCCGAGCUGAUAGAAAAGUAUUUUGUGUCCCCUACCCUGUUCCGAGUGAUCCGUCUUGCCAGGAUUGGCCGAAUCCUCCGUCUGAUUAAAGGAGCCAAGGGGAUCCGCACGCUGCUCUUCGCCUUGAUGAUGUCCCUUCCUGCCUUGUUCAACAUCGGCCUCCUGCUCUUCCUCGUCAUGUUCAUCUACGCCAUCUUUGGCAUGUCCAACUUCGCCUAUGUUAAGAGGGAAGUUGGAAUUGAUGACAUGUUCAACUUCGAGACCUUCGGCAACAGCAUGAUCUGCCUCUUCCAGAUCACCACCUCGGCAGGCUGGGAUGGGCUGCUGGCACCUAUUCUCAACAGUAAACCCCCUGACUGUGACCCUAAUAAGGUUAACCCAGGAAGCUCAGUGAAGGGAGACUGUGGGAACCCCUCUGUGGGGAUUUUCUUCUUCGUCAGCUACAUCAUUAUAUCCUUUCUGGUCGUGGUGAACAUGUACAUUGCUGUCAUCCUGGAGAACUUCAGUGUGGCCACUGAGGAAAGCGCAGAGCCCCUGAGCGAGGAUGACUUCGAGAUGUUCUACGAGGUCUGGGAGAAGUUCGAUCCCGAUGCCACCCAGUUCAUGGAAUUUGAAAAACUAUCCCAGUUUGCAGCGGCUCUUGAACCUCCUCUCAAUUUACCACAGCCUAACAAACUCCAGCUCAUCGCCAUGGAUCUGCCCAUGGUCAGUGGAGACCGGAUCCACUGUCUGGACAUCUUAUUUGCUUUUACAAAGCGGGUUCUGGGCGAGAGUGGGGAGAUGGAUGCCCUGCGCAUCCAGAUGGAAGAGCGAUUCAUGGCCUCGAACCCUUCCAAGGUCUCCUAUCAGCCAAUCACCACCACUUUGAAAAGGAAGCAAGAGGAAGUGUCUGCGGUUAUCAUCCAGCGUGCUUACAGGCGCCACCUUUUGAAGCGAACUGUAAAGCAAGCUUCAUUUACUUAUAAUAAAAACAAACUCAAGGCUGGCGCUAGUCUUCUUGUAAAAGAAGACAUGAUCAUUGACAGAAUAAAUGAAAACUCUAUUACAGAAAAAACUGACCUAACCAUGUCCACUGCAGCUUGUCCGCCCUCCUAUGACAGGGUGACAAAGCCAAUCGUGGAAAAACAUGAGCAAGAAGGAAAAGAUGAAAAAGCCAAAGGGAAAUAAAUGAAUAAAUAAAAAAAGUCAUUGGGUGACAAAUUGUUUACAGCCUAUGAAGGGGAGGUAUUUUUGUCAACAGGACUCCUUUAGGAGGUCAAUGCCAAACUGACUGUUUUUACACAAAUCUAUCUAAGGUCAGUGCCUACAAUAAGACAGUGACCCCCACCUUGUUGGCAAACUGUGUGACUGUGUAAAGGGGAGACGGCCUUGACAGGAGGUUACUGUUCUCACUACCAGCUGACACUGCUGAAGUUAAGAGACAAAAUGGCUAUGCAGACUGUAGGGACCAGUAUAGGGGUGCAAAGCUAUCAUUUGGGGGUGAACAUGACACACUUUAGGGUAGUAACUAUAUCCACUGUUUGCAUUUCAACUGCCACAUUUGUCACGUUUUUACAAACUCUGUUAGUGGACUCAUCUUUUUGUUAAUCCAUAUGUUGUUAUAUGUGACUAUUUUUGUAAACAGGCUUUCUGUUGGGAAAUAGACUAAAGGACCUCUUUUCCAGAUAAAUCUCCCGGGGUCUGUGAUAACCACAUGGCUGUCCCCAUCUGCACAAAGAUGAGGUUUUGCAUGAGGGCAUGCUGCACACAGAGAUCGGGCAUGGCAAGAAGCUAUGGGGGAAGCAGUGACACAUGGGAAAUGGCCCUCUAAUUGCCUCUGUGUUUCUGGGAGGUGUAAUGGGGUAACCAUUGGAUAACAGGCCUUGCUGAUCUUGUUUUGUCAGACCUAAUCCAACUAAACCGUUAUGGUGUUAACCAUUAAAUCGUAGCAGGUGCAAACCUCACUGGAGUUCUGAAAUCAUAAAUGUUAUCUUUUUGUUGAUUAUAUUUUUUAAAAAAAUCUCUAAAUAAUAAAUAUUGCUCCCCACACCCACCCCUAGGAGACCAAAUUGACCAAAAGAACCCUUCAUCAAUUCCUGCUUAGUUAGUCCUGCACUUUGUUCAGCCAUCUUCAGCUCUCGGCAAGGUUGACGCUGUAUGUGUUCAUGAAAUGCUAUUUAUUGUGUAAAUAGUCAUUUUACCCUGUGGUGCACGUUUGAGCAAACAAAUAAUGACUUAAGCACAGUAUUUAUUGCAUCAAAUAUGUACCACAAGAAAUGUAGAGUGCAAGCUUUACACAGGUAAUAUAAUGUAUGCUGUACCAUUGUAGAUAGUUUGGAUGCCCUUGGUGCAUGCUUAUAUACCAUGCUGCUCUAUCUAGUUUCUACACUGCUCAGAAUCUCACUCAUGAGAAACCAUAGGUCAGUGGUUAAGUCAAGGAAACUGUUCAACAUAUCUCAUUUCUUUAAAUCACCAAGCAAUAGUUUGCAGCACCUUAAAAAUCUUUUGGGUUAUUUUUAAAUUUUAAGUGGAUAACAUAUGAUGUAUAGCAAGACUGUAUAGACACGUUGGAAUAAAACACUGCUUUACUUGUUAAAAUGUGUUUAGAAUUUUAUAAGCAAAUAUAAAUACUGUAAAAAGGUCACCUCAUUUUAUUUUUCAGCAUUAUGUACAUAAAUAUGAAGAAGAAAUUAUCUUCAGGUUGAUAUCACAAUCACUUUUCUUACUUUCUGUCCAUAGUACUUUUUCAUGGAAGAUAUUUGCUAAAUAAGAAAUGAAAACAAGGCUGGGUAGUGGUAGAUCACUGUGUUUUUAUUACAUUUGCUAAUUUUAGAUUAUUUCAUAAUUUUCAGGGGCAAAAUAGAUUCAUAACUUCAUAUCCAAAUUCUGCUUUGCGAUUGGAAAGGGGAAUAACAUUUUAUUUCUAUUUCUGGUAGUUUCUCUACUGACUGAUACCAGUAGUGUCUAUUUUUCAAUUUCAUGUUGUUUUUCGUAUUGUUUGUUCAUUUCUUUAGAGUCAUGCUGCUCUAGAUUGUUCUAAAUAUAAAUGUGGGAUUUAUUUUUCCCCUCAAAAUCAGAGAGUAGUAAACUUACGUAUAUAGUCAAUUACAUCAGUACAUCUUGUGUUUCUUACAGAUGCAAACCAUAGGCUCUUUUCUUAAAAAUACUUAGACAACUUGUAUUUGUGAAUUGCAUGCUGGAAAAUGCUACAAUUACCCUAAGUGAUGCUAAUCAACAUUAAAAAUGUGCAAAGCUAAUAAAGAUUACAUUUUUUAUUUUA